UUGAAUAUUGCCAACCUCAGUCCCUUCAUGUUCAGCCUUUGUUCUCGCUGAAGCAAUGUUUUAGUGCUUACUUUAAUUCCACGGUUGUUUGUAUAAUUUAAUUCAGAGCCAAGACGACAUGCGGGUUCUCUCUUUGUUUAGACAGCAUGUUAUGUUCUUGUACUUGUACAUUUUUAAGGGCUGUUUUGUCAUUUGGGAGAUUUAUUCGGAACCCCGGUACUCUGAACUAACCUCUCCCUGACCUAAGAAUCUAAACUCUCCCUGACCUUCGUGUUCACUCAGGCUACUGUGCCAGAUUAACUUUUAAAGAUGUCUUUUUACAUUUUACUUCUUCAAGUGCUUAAUAUCUUGCUCUUUGUGUAUGUGCGCCUGUUUGUGUGUGUGCUUGUGUGAAGGGAAGAGUCUUUGGCUCCACUGAAGGUCAGAAUGCCCUAAACAGAGAGAAAGAAGGGAUCACACUGGGGUACAUUAAUGUCCUGUGACGUCCCCAGCUCCAGUGGCAACGGGUGAUUUACGUCAGGGGGUCGACCCCUCAGCGGACAGCGGCAGCUUAUCAGAGAGUGUGGCGGACACUGACAAAAUAGGAGCGAAGUCCUCUAAUUAAAUUAGCCUGUUCCCGCUCUAAGCUGAGGCCCCUGGAACCAGGCCCGAGUCAACCCGGUGGCUAAUUGAGAAAACUGCCCCUCUGGUUCACAGCCCUUGAGUCAUAAGAGCCAAUAAAACAAUGUGGAAGAGCUAAGUCGUCUGGGGGAAAAAACAUGAGGGAAGCUGAAUUGCAUGGAGAUGAUGUAGGUUCAGUGUCAAUGUGACAUAGAGGGUGUGGACUUUGUCAGGGUCCCUGACCGCAUCAGGAGUCUCCUCGGGUGGAUCCUCUUAUCUGCUUCCCAGCACUGCAAAGCAGCCUGGGAAAGUGCCUCUGCGGCUGGCCGCUGCUCAAUGAUCGGAAUUAUUAGAUCACUGUCUCAUUCCUCUUUUGUUCAAUUCUCCUGUUAGCCCCUCUGCUAGUUAAUGCGCUUGGACACUUUCUACCCUAACCAGGUCAGGUGGGGGUCAAGGAAUGCUUUUUUUCUAGCUCCAGUCCUGGACACGCAAAGGCUUGAGAUGGGAGAGGUCACGGUUCCUCAUUCCCAUGCCAGGUUUAUGCCAGCACUACGCCCACCACCAAGCUCCUCUCCUUCAAGAGUGCCAGCCUUGCCCGGGCCAAGUCCCACUCCAGGACUUCCCAGACAACCACACACGCGCAACUGGAGUCGGGCACAUUGUGAAGCCUCUAAGGCGGACGAACGGUUCCAGUAGACAUAGCCCAAAGGUCUGACAAGGUACAGCGACACCUUACAGUGAAACCCAGACAAUGAACGAGAGGCUCAAAUGACAGAAGAUGAUACUUCGUUGCUCUCCAGUUUCACUCGCAGAGUUUUCCAAGGACGUACAGGACAACUUGUUCUUCAGGGAAAAUGCUGUCUUCUUUAUACACCCUCGGUUUUAGGUGAUGAAUUGAUGAAGGUGCUCAACGACCAGGGUGUUUCUCAAACAGGGAAGGAGCCCACUGACAAAGGUAAGGAUAGUUCCUACCUCUGACAGGAUCAUCCACACCCGUUGUCGCCUUCCCUCUGAGAUGUAUCCAACCAGCUCUCUUUCAUCCAGCCUUAUUAUCCACUGUCCUUGGUUUGCGGCCAGCCUGGUAACCCAACUAGGGUUUAAUAGCGGGAACCAGGUUACCGCCCCAAACCCACUCCCGUUUCCCGGGAUAAAUAACUGUGAGAAACCGGUAAAUUAUAAUAAAUUAUUUAUAUGAACAGCUUGAAGUGAAAUAGAACUGUUAAAUUAUAUGCAAUGUCCAAAUCUGUCUUUACGGCUUCCUCUGCUCUGCUAUCUGCAUGAUCAAUCAUCAACACUCAGGGUGGGGACAGACAGCGCAUCUCAUAUGGAGUGCAGUUCACAAUGCAUGUAUCAUCUCAUCAGCAGGCCAUCGUUUUGAGGAUGUCCCUGGGGUACGCAGACACCUGGUCAGAAAGAGCACCAAAGGCCAAGUGGUGCAUGUCGGCAAGGACCACAAGGAGCCCAGCACACGCAGCCAAAAAAAGGACCGGACCCCACAUGAGGUGUUUGUGGAGCUGAACGAGCUUAUCAUGGAUAAGAACCAGGAGAUGCAGUGGCGGGAGACGGCCCGUUGGAUCAAGUUUGAGGAGGAUGUGGAGGAGGAGACGGACCGCUGGGGCAAACCCCACGUGGCUUCGCUUUCCUUCCGCAGCCUGCUGGAGCUCCGCAAGACCAUCUCCCAUGGGGCGGUGUUGUUGGACCUGGACCAGAAGACCUUGCCUGGCAUCGCCCACCAGGUUGUAGAGCAGAUGAUCAUCUCAGACCAGAUCAAGGCUGAGGACCGCGCAAAUGUGCUCCGAGCCCUGCUGCUCAAACACAGUCACCCAAGCGAUGAGAAGGAGCACAGCCACAACCCCUUCCCCAGGAACAUCUCGGCAGCCAGCCUGGGCAAUCUGCUGCCCCAGCAACACAGCUCCAACCACAUCCACCAUCCAGAGCCCUCCGUCACAGACCCCCUCAUGGGCUCGGCCAGCACAGGGGAGCAGGAGACACGCAUCGACAUGGAGAAGAACGACCUGCAGCAGAAGGAGUCUACUCCAAAUAUCGGCAUACACAGGUCGAAGUCCAAGCAUGAGCUCAAGCUGCUGGAGAAGAUUCCAGAGAAUGCUGAGGCCACUGUUGUCCUUGUGGGCAGUGUGGACUUCCUGGAGCAGCCCACCAUGGCCUUUGUGCGGCUGCAGGAGGCGGAGGAGCUAGACUCUGUCCUGGAGGUCCCAGUGCCAGUCAGGUUCAUCUUCGUCCUGCUGGGACCCCCCAGCACCAACAUGGACUAUCACCAAAUCGGACGCUCCAUCUCCACACUCAUGUCUGACAAGCACUUCCAUGAGUUGGCCUAUCUGGCGGACAACCGCCAGGACCUGCUCAACGCCAUCAACGGCUUCCUGGACUGCAGCAUCGUGCUGCCCCCCUCCGAGAUGGGCGGCGAGGAGCUGCUACGCUCCGUGGCACGCUUCCAGAAGGAGAUACUUCGCAAGCGGGAGGAGCAAGGAGCCCUGCUGGCCAAGGAGCCCAAGAGCCAGAAAGAAAAAGAGGCCCUCCUCUCGCCCGGGAAGCUGGAAGACGACCCCCUGCAGCGUACUGGACGCCCCUUCGGAGGCUUAAUCCGAGACGUGAAGCGCCGCUACCCGAAGUACGUGAGUGACUUCAAGGACGCGCUGAACGCCCAGUGCGCUGCGGCCGUCAUCUUCAUCUACUUCGCUGCCCUCUCCCCCGCCAUAACCUUCGGAGGCCUCCUGGGUGAGAAGACUGAGGGUCUGAUCGGUGUGUCUGAGCUGAUCGUGGCCACAGCGGUGCAGGGUGUUCUCUUCUGCCUCCUGGGGGCCCAGCCGCUCCUGGUGGUGGGCUUCUCCGGACCACUGCUCGUCUUUGAAGAGGCCUUCUACUCGUUCUGUAAGGGGAACGGGAUAGAGUACCUGACGGGCCGGGUGUGGAUCGGCUUCUGGCUCAUUGUCAUCGUGGUGACGACAGUGGCCUUGGAAGGUAGCUUCCUGGUCCGCUUUGUCUCCCGCUUCACCCAGGAGAUCUUCUCCUUCCUCAUCUCGCUCAUCUUCAUCUUUGAGACCUUCUCCAAGAUAGGCAAGAUUUUCAUGGAGCACCCACUGCAACGCUGUUACCUUGACAACAGCUCGGCGGAGAACGCCACGAUGGAGAAUAGCACCCUGGAGCUAUUGCUUGGCAACGGCACUAUUUCGGUGGUGUCGGUGAAGGUCCUAGGGGAACCCAACACGGCACUGCUCUCCCUGGUACUCAUGUCUGGAACCUUCUUCAUUGCAUUCUACCUGCGCAAGUUCAAAAACAGUGCCUUCUUCCCUGGCAAGCUCCGUAGGAUUAUUGGAGAUUUCGGGGUCCCCAUAGCCAUCCUCAUUAUGGUCCUAGUGGACUACAGUAUACGUGACACUUACACACAGAAACUGAGCGUGCCCAGUGGGUUCUCUGUGACCAGUCCUGAGAAGCGUGGCUGGGUGAUCAACCCCCUAGGCAUGUACACCCCGUUCCCCAUCUGGAUGAUGUUUGGCAGUGUGCUGCCCGCCCUGCUGGUCUUCAUCCUCAUCUUCAUGGAGACACAGAUCACCACUCUGAUAGUGAGUAAAAAGGAGCGGAUGCUGGUGAAGGGUUCUGGCUUCCACCUGGACCUGCUGGUGAUCGUAGUGCUGGGCGGCACCUCUGCCCUGUUCGGCCUGCCCUGGAUGGCCGCCGCCACUGUGCGCUCCGUAACGCACGCCAACGCCCUCACCGUAAUGAGUAAGGCGGUCGCCCCCGGCGACAAGCCCCGCAUCCAGGAGGUCAAGGAGCAGCGGGUUACAGGGUUGCUGGUGGCCAUCUUAGUAGGCCUUUCCAUAGUAAUCGGAGACCUGCUGCGUCAGAUCCCCAUCGCUGUGCUGUUUGGCAUCUUCCUCUACAUGGGCGUGAUGUCACUCAAUGGAAUCCAGUUCACCGAGCGCCUAAUGUUACUGCUGAUGCCCCCCAAGUACCACCCCGACCACACCUACGUCCGCAAGGUGAAAACGCUGCGAAUGCACCUGUACACGCUGAUCCAGCUGGUGUGUCUGGCGGCGCUGUGGGCCGUCAUGUCAACCGUGGCCUCUCUGGCUUUCCCUUUCGUCCUCAUCCUCACCGUCCCCGUCAAGAUGUUCCUGUUGUCGCGCAUCUUCACCGCCCGCGAGAUGCAGUGUCUGGAUGCUGAUGACGCAGAGCCCAUCUUUGACGAGAGAGAGGUCCAUGAUGAAUACUCAGAGAUGCACAUGCCUGUGUGACCCACACCAUCAUAUACCUACCAACCACUGUAUUCUUCCCUCAGUGUCCACACCAUUCUGCCAAUCAAUCGACCAGCCAAUGAAAUGCCUGCCCAAAGGAUCCACCAGCAAAGACCCUAUAUAUAUAUAUAUAAUUGACAGACCCUCUGACCAUCAUUGAGCACUGUUGGUACUGGUUUCCAUUGCUUUAACCACACCUGACCAAAGGGUAAAGAUGUCGCAUGCAGGCUUUGGUCUUCUGAGACCCAGCUCUGUCAUGGAGGGGUUUAAGACCACUCAUAACCCCUGUCAAUCUCAUUCACUGGGACAGAGUUCAAUUGGGUGUCAUGAGUAGAUUCAACGUUCUCAUGACAACAUACAGGCGUUCUCAUGAUGACACACAGCUGGAAAUGGGGACACAUAAGGGGGAACUUCCUGUCCUCUGAAGGGGUCAGGGGUUAGGGGUCAUAACCCUUCAGAGAGCACUUUGUGGCAUUAGGUAUGAAUAUAGACUGAAAGGUCCAAUCGGUUCAGCAUAUUUAUUUUGUUCAUCCAUGUUUUAAAAUAUUUCAUCAUAUUUGCCUUUUUGGGGGUGGGGGGGUCAAAUUCAGUUGUGUUUUUAUAGAUGUGUAUUUUCAAGGUUUAUUCCAGUGACCGUAUAUGGUAGGUAGUUUAGUACACAAUUAUUCAUUUUUCAACCCUGAAAGGUUGUGCUGAUUCACAUUGAAUGCGUGGAGGAUUAUAUAUAGGAUACAUUCCUUGAAUCAAUAUAUUUAACAUAUUGUGCUUUUACUUUUUAUGUUUAGCUCUUUUAGCUCACUAAGCGCCUUAUGAAGGACAUGAUGGCUGUACAGAGAAACCUAAUUAUGUUACUUUUGUUUUUAACAGCUGUUCCUUCAAGAGCACCUCUAAGCCCUCUGCACUUUUUAAGGCACCAAAUCUGGACAUUUCAACAACAAAAAAUGUUUCUGGGGAUAUUAUUGAAUGUUUUAUAUUUUACUUAGUGUCUAUCAAACACUAUGCUGUGUAUUUUUGUAAUUUUUUUAAAGAUGCCUUAGAUUUUUCUCCCCCGACAAUUCCAUUAGCUAAAAAGGAAGGAGUGUGAUUUUGUUUCCAAACGAUUGCAAAGGGGACACAAACUGCUCCAACCUCAGACUGAUAUUAAGGUAGUGGUAGUCCGGGGGUUUUACCAAUAGUCAUUACAACACUGCUCAGCAAUCACAGCAGUCUUGUGAAGUCGUGAUGAAAUGUGCGUGUCUAUGUUAUUGUGUAGUUUAUUUGCUUUCAUCCAGUCAUCAUCCCCCUCUAGUGUUUAUGCUGCCAUUGUGGUGGCUAAAGUUUACCAGCAGAGGGAGACGAAAUGUAACCAAAGUACACAUUGUAGUACCGAAUGAUUUUAAAGUACUGUACUGAACGUGAAAUAACUCUCCCCAACCGUUUCUUUUUCGUUAGCAUUUCUCCAUUAAAAACCGAAAUGGGAUGACAUCUCUCAAGUGCUACACAAUCUCAAGACAUUUCUGAAGUACUGUGUAUAUACACUAAACAUAGUGCUACUUUCGCCAAGUACAGUAAACUUCUUGUAGUAUUGUUUUAAUAAGGAGCUGUUUAGUUUCUCAUAUUUGGUCAUCUAAAGUAUAUCCUGCUGAAUCCCUUUCUGAAGGUUUUCGACAUGCAUCUGUGGGGUUCACAAUGAGGACGUCAAUAGAAGAGACAGUAUAUGUCCUGGGGGGACACCUUUUACAUUCUCACUGUGUGCAUGUUAAAAUGGUCUACCUACCAGCAUAAAGCUAGUCAGUGUUUUGGGGGGGAGCACUAAUCUAUUUGUAUUUUCCUGUGUGUGAGUGGUUUUAUUUCUUGACAAAUCUCGGCCAUUUAAAACGUUUCAAGCGUGGUCAGAUUAAAUGUGGGUGUUAACUCACCUGUUUCUUGCCACCAGGUUUAUGAUGUUUCUGAGGUGGGCAAAGUGGUUCAGCAGGUCAAGGCCAUUCUCUCACAACAUUCCAUUUUUGUCAUACCUCUUAAGGUCUCUUGUGGACAGACUACGUAAACAUAAAUCGUACUGUAGAUCUGUCAUGAUACAACUAGAUGUGUGAGAUCAGCAGCAUUAGUUCCAGUGCUUGGGUUUUUUGUCGCUGGUUAUUUGGAGAAUCCUGAUUUUUGCAUCUUUAGAAUUUCGGAUGGAGCGGGGACAUUUGGCUCUUAAACUUGCCUGUAUAAGAAAGGGUAGAGUUCUUUUUGUUUUCGGUUCUGAUCCUCGUUCUAUCUCUUCUCUUAACACUUAUGGACCCAGAUCUUAAUUGAACAUCUGACCAAUUACGCAAGACUUAAGUUCUGGGUUUACUAAGAUUGAUGCCAGGGGAAUGGCUUGAAGCCUUUUUAAAGAUGUUGUUUUUAAUAUAUACGGAUGUCUGGAGUUAGACCUAUGAAUAUACUUUUUUACCUGAAAUGCAGUCAUUGAUUGUGAAGACUGGACCUCAUGUCUGUCUUUUGUUCUUUGUUGCCCCUUUAUUGUUCCUCAAGCAAGGGGGAGGCCGAAGACAUCACUAAUCCCCUUCAGACCAACUCCUUGAAUACCCUACUCCUUGAAACCAAAUAUUUUUAUCCUUUAGUGUGUGUACCUUACUGUACUUAUACUUGGGAUAUUGCCUUUCAACUGUAAAAGUUCAAAAAUGUCUCUUUCUGUGCACCUCAACUAAGCUAUACUCGGCUCCAUAUUCCCAUGGUCUAUGGUUACAGGCAGCCCAACGCUGAUCUUUUGUUCAAUCAUUGGUAAAAGAGCUGAUCUGAUUGGUCAAAAGACCAAUAAGUGGAAAAAAUAUCAGUAUCCGGCUGUCGGUGUAAACGCAAUCGAAGUCCUAUAUUUGUGCCUGAAUUGAUCUACAGCUGCACGUGAAUGUAUACAAUAUGUGAUUGUGACAUUUAUCACCUGAAUCUGUCAUAGCCGUCAUAUAUAUUUUUUCAGUAUGUCACUCAAGUUCAAUUCGUUUUCCCUUUUAGAAUGCCCAUGGAUCAAGGCCUGCAUUCACAACACGUUUCAGAGUAGGAGUGAUGAUGGGAUCAGAUUUCCAUUUUAGAUCCUACUGAAUAAGAUAUGAACAGAGGGGAUCUGAUCCUAGCACUCCUACUCACUCUUCAUGAAUACAGGUCCUGAUCCCUCACAUGUAUUGCAAUGUGGCAUUAUGUGUUGUCUUGAGUGUUUGAAGGGUGUUGUGCAGAUGUUUUAAAUGAUGUUGCUGUAAUUCAUGACCAUGGACAAAAUGGUGGUGUGCAAAAUUUGUUGUUUUUUAAUGGAAAAUGGUAUGGAUGGAGGGAAUAUGUUCUGUACAUGAUUGUCAGUGCCCACAGAAACAUUGCUAUAAUGCAGUUCCAUUUUAAAAGAAACACAAAGCAUUCUGGGUCUUCAUUGCUUAUGUUUAGUGUACAUACACUACCGGUCAAAAGUUUUAGAACACCUACUUAUUCAAGGGUUUUUCUUUAUUUUCACUAUUUUCUACAAUGUAGAAUAUUAGUGAAGACAUCAAAACGAUUAAGUAACACGUGGAAUCAUAUACUAACCAAAAGUGUUAAACAAAUCAAAAGAUUCUUCAAAUAGCCACCCUUUGCCUUGAUGACAGCUUUACACACUCUUGGCAUUAUCUCAACCAGCUUCACCUGGAAUGCUUUUCCAACAGUCUUGAAGGGGUUCCCACAUGCUGAGCACUUGUUGGCUGCUUUCCAUUAACUCUGUGCUCCGACUCAUCCCAAACUAUCUCAAUUUGGUUGAGGUCGGGGGAUUGUGGAGGCCAGGUCAUCUGAUGCAGCACUCCAUCACUCUCCUCCUUGGUCAAAUAGCCCUUACACAGCCUGGAAGUGUGUUGGCUCAUUGUCCUAUUGAAAAACAAAUGAUAGUCCCACUAAGCCCAAAACAGAUGGGAUGGUGUAUUGCUGCAGAAAUGUAUUUUGAUAUAACACUUUUUUGGUUACUACAUGAUUCCAUAUGUUAUUUCAUAGUUUAGUAAAACAAUUAAGAAAAACCCUUGAAUGAGUGGGUGUUCUAAAACUUCUGACCGGUAGUGUAAAUAGUUAAAAUAUUGAUGACCAAUAAAGUCAAUUUCUAUUAAACAUCA